AUGGCUUCCUCACUAGAAUCCUCGGCUCGGAAGCUUCAAGAAAAAUUGGCAUAUAUCCAACGUAAUUGUGGACAUGGUGUUAGCGCAGACGAGGAGUGCGAAAUCAUUGGUGAAUGUCUUGGGCUCUUUGGGGAAGUCAUAGAGUCAAUACCCGAUACCAUAGGGACGGAGGUGUAUGAGCCGAUGAAUGCGUAUGUAGCAGAGCAGCUGGACGUUUUUGGUUUAUAUAUAACCGACAAGAUUUUCAAUGCCGGAGACUUGUUUAAGACCCGUUUCAAACAUUUCGUCCAUGUGUUGAAGCUGCAAAUUAUGAGGAGAGAGUUGCGCCUUGACGGAAACAUAAAGUUGGAGUGGAAGGAGAACGAAUUGGGGGCGGAUGGUGAGGUUGUUGGAGGUG